CUGCCAUUGCGUCUCGUUAUCCGCGAGAUUUGAAAAUUGAACUUCCUUUUCCGGUCUGUCGUAAAUAAGUGCAGCAAGAUGUUGAUGCCCAAGAAGAACAGAGUUACUAUUUUUGAAUACCUAUUCAAAGAAGGUGUUCUUGUAGCUAAGAAAGAUUUUGGUGCCCCAAAGCAUCCAGAUAUUGAUGUUCCAAAUCUUCAUGUUAUUAAAGCAUUAACAUCUUUAAAAUCACAAGGAUAUGUCCGAGAACAAUUUGCUUGGCGUCAUUUUUACUGGUACUUGACAAAUGAAGGGAUUGAGUAUUUGAGGAAUUAUCUCCACCUUCCAGCUGAAAUUGUACCAGCAACACUGAAAAGACAGACACGCCAAGAAGCACCAAGGCCAAGACCUAAAGGACCAGAUGGACCUUCUAGAACUCCAGGUGGUGGUGCUGACCGUGCUGAAUACAGAAGAGCAGCUCCAGGUGGAGGUGAUGACAAGAAGGCUGAUGUAGGAGCCCCAGGCGAUGCCAAAUUCCAAUUUAGAGGUGGAUUUGGAAGAGGAAAGCCAUCACAACCCCCACAGUAGUGAUAUGGACAUUGAACAUUUUGGGGGGAAAUAAAAAAAAAAAAAUAACAUACAUGACUUUAUUUUAUUCCGACAGUGGUUAGAGACAUAAUAACAAAUUUAUAGAAGUUUACAGUAACCCCUUCCAGGUUUACCACAACUCCAAAAUAUAAGAUAAUCCCCUCUUUUGCAGGAGAAUGGAACAAAACUAAUUACACAUGGAGAUAUAUUUGUGAAAUACAUAAGUUUUUUUGCCCCCUCUGUAGCUGAGGGGGAAUUAAGAAAGCUGUGCCCAGAACUGCAGAUACAAGUUUUUAAAGUUCUUCAUUCAAACUUGAGUCUUUAGUUUGUUUUUUUCUGACACUGUUGUCUCAUUUAUAAAAUGGCUACAGUUCAUUUAAUAAGUUUUAUUUGAACUGCCAGUAUAAUCUGUUUCCACACCUUUGCAUCUGUUGGAGAUCAUGUGUCUGAAAACUUCCAAACUUUAGAGAUUGUUAUUGUGUGUUAAUGAGCCUAUUGAUUUGACAAUAUUUUACCUGGAUUUAUUGAACUUUGGCCAUUUUGUAUCUUUUAAACAUUCUAAGCCAACUUCAUCAUGAACACUUGCCUUGUCAUCAUUGUUAGGAUAAUAGGAUUGUUUAUCAUGUUUACUUGACCAUAUUAAACUGUUUUAGUUUUAUAGCAAUUUACUAAUAGCAAAAUGUA